GCGACACUUCCAGUAGUAUAAUUAGUAUGGAAACAUAGGAGCUUUAGAAGGAAGGGCACCGGCUUUCCAAUGAUCAGGAGUCAGUCUGGGGAGACCCGGGGCUCUACCGGCACCCAGACAGACAGCAUGCAGGGUCAUGUGCCAAGACUUUCUAAAGUCAAUUUAUUUACACUUUUGAGCCUCUGGAUGGAAGUUUUCCCACAAGAUGAUCAAGACUGUGGAAAACCUGUAUCUCAGGUGAAAAGGACUGGUCUAGUUGUGGUGGGAAAUAUGAAGAUUAUUGGUCUUCACUGCUCCGGUGAUGAACUGCAUGCUGGUCAAAUUGCAGUUAUUAAGCACGGUUCACGACUCAAGGACUGCGAUCUUUACUUUUCUAGGAAACCAUGUUCGGCUUGCUUAAAAAUGAUCGUGAAUGCUGGGGUUAACAGAAUUUCCUACUGGCCCUCUGAUCCUGAAAUGAGCCUACAACAGGAAAUAUCCAGUUGUACCAACAAUGGGGAUGCAAGGCUUGAUGCAAAAGCUGUAGAGAGGCUAAAAUCAAACAGCCGCGCCCACGUCUGUGUGUUGCUUCAACCACUGGCCUGUUACAUGGUGCAGUUUAUAGAAGAAACAUCCUUGAAAUGUGAUUUUAUUCAGAAGAUCGCACGGGUGCAGCCCGGUUUCACUACGGAUUUCUUUUACGAAUAUCGUCAGGAAAAGAUUAAAGAGUACGAAACCCUUUUCUUAAUCUCCAAUGAGGAAAUGCAUAAGGAGAUAUUGAGGUUAAUGGGUUUGGAGAAUCUGUGCGAGAACCCUUAUUUCAUUAAUUUGAGGCAGAACAUGAAGGAGCUUAUCCUCAUUUUAGCCACAGUGGCAUCUAGUGUCCCCAGCUGUUAUGGUUUUGGUUUCUACCUCAGUGAAUCGCAGGUCAGCAACGACAUCAACCAGCAGAGCCUCCCCCAAGAAAUUGCGCAGCAUUGUAUGAUUCAAGCACGGCUGCUGGCAUACCGAACUGAAGAUCACAAAAUAGGAGUUGGAGCCAUAAUCUGGGCAGAGCGGAAACCCAGUUUAGUACGUUGUGAUGGCACUGGGUCCAUGUAUUUUGUUGGGUGUGGAUAUAAUGCUUUUCCUGUGGGGUCAGAAUAUGCAGACUUUCCUCAUAUGGAUGACAGACAGAAAGACAGAGAAAUUCGCAAGUUUCGGUACAUUAUUCAUGCGGAACAGAAUGCCCUGACGUUCAGAUGUCAUGAAAUUAAACCAGAGGAAAAUACCAUGAUCUUUGUGACAAAAUGUCCCUGUGAUGAGUGCGUGCCACUGAUUAAAGGUUCAGGGAUCAAGCAGAUCUAUGCUGGAGAUGUGGACAUUGAAAAAAAGAAAGCAGAUAUAUCUUACAUGAAAUUUGGAGAACUUAACGGAGUCUAUAAAUAUACAUGGCAAGAAAAUUCAAGUAUGACCCACAUAGACAAGCAGAAUGAUUAUCCUAAUACCUCAGAAAUGGUUUUAUUGGCAGAUGGGCUUAUAACCGAUGAAUAAAUGAAGAUCUGAAUGUAAAAAUCAAGAAAUCUCUUCAUGAACUUCAAGGAUUUUUUUUAUUUUGAAAUGCUGGGAUAUAUUUUAUUUAUUGCACCUAUCAGAGAGGAAUUAUUUUAAGAAGAAAUAAUAUUUAAAAAUGUUUAUAUAUUUUAAUUUAGAAUAAUUUAUAUAAACUUAUAAUUUAUUUAAACUGGAGUCAAAUUAUUUUGCUUCUAUAUGGACCUGGUAUAUUAGACAUUUCUAAGUUGCUAAAAAGAAUCUUGCUGCAAUGAUGGACCUUUUCUACUAUAAACUGAUGACACUUGUCCGUGGAUAUUUCCAUGCUACUAAAUGAAGCACAAAUUUCCUAAAACAGAGGAUCAAUAUCCAAAGAAGUUACAUGUCCUUCUCAACAAGUCAGUGUAAUCAGAGAAAGAAUAUGUCCUUGGUGUGUCUGGUGUGAAAUUCUUACUUCCGUUAAACCAUCAUUACAAAGAAGAUACUCUGAAGACUUCUUUAUAUUUCAUCUUUGUAUUAGUUUUGUUUCCCUAAAGUGUGGUUUCAUGUGUAGGUAAAUAUUUAAUUAUGAUACACACACUCACACUGUCCAUCCAGGUGGCAUUAUGAAGUAUCUAGCUGGGGGUAGUGUAAUACUUUGCAAUAUAUUAACAUUUUCUGUUAUUUAAAAUUAAUAUAGCUGAUUGUAUCUUAAUAUAGGCUAACAUUUUUGCCCGGCGGUCAGUAAAAUUAAAUGGGCCCUGGGGAGAACACUAAAUGAAUAUAUAUAAACAAAGAUUAGCCUGAUAAUAGUAUGUAGAUGUGUUCUUUAAACCCUUUGAGUGCUGAGCAAUUUCCCACCUGGGUGCUAAGCUGGAUUUUAUUUUUUUUUUAUUUUUUUUAAAUAUAUAUUUUUUAACUUUUCUUUUUUUUCAGAUCCCCAAGACUUCUACCAUUGCUUAGGUGAUUGCCUUUCCAACGGUGGGUCUUGGGGGUCUGUAGCUGCUUAGAUACAGGCUUCUAAGCAGCAUGCCCCCAUUUCCCUAUACUGUCCAUUUAAAUUUUUCAAUAAAGUUGCGCAGUGAUGUCAUCACGUCAUUGCGCAUGAUACAGGCCCGAUCCCAGGGGCGGGAGUCGAUGGGAGCCCCCAGAUUGCCCUCAAGGUGGAUGAGUGCUAGCGACUGCUCUGAGCCGUCAGCACCUGACUGGGAAAAUUUGCGAUGGCUCAGAGCCAUCGUUAGCACUCAAAGGGUUAAACUAUUUAACCCUUUGAGUGCUAAGCACUUUAUUACCUGGGUGCUAAGCUGUUUUAAGGUUUUUUUUUAAUUUACUUUUUUACUUUUUAGUUUUAGACUUACAAUUUUGGAAAGGUUAGGAGAUUACCUUUCUAACGGUGGGUCUUGGUGGUCUGUAGCUGCUUAGAUGCCUGAGAUACAGGCUUCUAAGCAGCUUGCCCCCUUUUCUUAUACUUAACGUAAUUUCGUUAAUAAAAUUGCAUGGUGACGUCAUCACGUCAUUGCGCGUGACGUCACCCACCACGCAGAACCGGAAGCCCCGUUGAUGCCUGUCACUAUGCAGGCAUGAUCGCCGGGUGGGAGCCCCCUGAUCUCCCUCAAGGUGGGAGAGUGCUAGCGACGGCUCUGAGCCGUCGUUAGCAUCAAAGGGGGAAACUUUGCGAUGGCUCAGAGCCGUCGUUAGCACUCAAAGGGUUAAUGGGUACUGCCAUGCUGUAACCUAGGUUACCCUGAUCUUAAAUCCUCUGCUAAGGCCAGUUAUGGACAGAUAUAAAUAAAUUACAACAGAUGUCUGUGUGGAAUAUAGUAGUGUAAGGCAUCUGAAGUGUAGAGUCUGCACUUACAGUUCUCAUGGGAAUUGGGAAGACCACAGUUUUCAGAGUUAAUUGUACACUAGAUUUUUCUUUGCAUAAAUGUUUUGUAGGUGAUCCAUUUAUGUAGCCCAUCUGGUAGUGUUUUUGUAUAGUUUUGCUUAUUUUUUAAUAACGUGCUGAUUUUUCAGACUCCUAACCAAGCCCCAAAGUAUCAGAUGUAUACCCAAGUCUACAGACUCCUGCUUGCUCCUGUUUGUGUAAUGGGUCUUUUUAUAUGCAGAGGAGGAGGGGAGGGUCUGCUAUUUCUGCAUUCUCAGCCCCUUUCAGUAUCUGUGCAUAAUGUUUAUAGUAUUACAUGCAGUUAUAUGAAAAUUGAUGUAUACUGUCCCUUUAAAUUACAGAGAAAUAUUUAGCAAAACAAACAAUGAAAGUAAAUUGCAGAAAUUUAAUUUUUUUACUCUGCAUAUUUAAACAUUUUAUAUUACAGUCAUAAAUUGUUUACUGUCCCAUAAAGGCUACAAUUGCCCACAGAACGGCUGGAGUGCAUCCUGCAGUCUUACAAUAUUUUAAUGAUAAUUGCAUGAUCCUUGUCAUUAUUUAGCCACAACAUGGGAGAUAAGAUAAGUAUACACAAGUUCACAACAGGCAUUUUACAGGGGUCUGUUUUGUUAUAGAAAAGCAGUCUUGCUGGAUAGAAUGAGAGGUGUCUCAGAGACCUCACAGAUACCAGUGAGGGGCCUAAUAUGGGUGUUUGGGGGUGUGGUCUGAAUUUCUUACCUAUAAUAACACUAACCAUGCUGAAGUAAUUAAGACGCUAUUGCGUCUGUGAAAUAUCUCGUUUCGCUGUAGAGUCGCUAUAUUAAGGCUGACAAGAUUGUCUUGAUAUUUUUUCUGUUACUUUUUUCAUGUUUUCUUUUUUGCAUAUGUUAGAAUGAAUUGCCUUAUUAAGGGUGUUUUUUUUGUUUUAAUAUGUUUGUUCUAUACGGUUUUGAAGGUGUUUUGUGCUGUCAGUAUGCUUUACAGUAGAGCUCUGACUAUGUACCGAGAGGUGAAUGGUUAAGACGUAAAUGCUGUUUCAUUGAUUAGAAUGGAAGACACUUGUGGACUGACGAGGGGUGGGUACAAAUAUAUCUAAAUUGUGCAAUGUUGCAGUUUUAUUGAAUCCAUGCAAGUGACUGCACCUACUAUUAUAUUUCACACAUCUAGCACUUUACAAUAAAUAAGGAAUUCCUGCCUUUUA